CCCCGCGACGCCGAGCCCGAGCGCGGCGCGUCCGAGCGGGAACCGGCGCGGGAGCCGAAGCGGGAGCGGGAACGCGAGCUGGAGCCGAAGCUGGAGCCAGCACUGCGGCGCGCGGAGCGGAGCGCGGCAGCCAGGCCGAGUGAGUGGAGGGGCCUUCCCGGCGAGAAGUCAGAGCUGUGCCCGUGGGCAGGCUGGCUCCGCUCUUCUGCUCCAAGGAUUACAUGUCCUUCAAACGCCCUUGCCCCUUAGCACGAUACAACCGCACCAGCUACUUCUACCCCACAUUCUCAGAGAGCUCGGAGCACAGUCACCUGCUUGUGUCUCCUGUGCUGGUGGCGAGUGCUGUCAUAGGUGUGGUCAUCAUCCUCUCCUGCAUCACCAUCAUCGUGGGCAGCAUCCGCAGGGACAGGCAGGCCCGGCUCCAGCGUCACCGCCAUCGUCACCACCGGCGCCAUCAUCACCACCGCCGGCGACGCCGACAUCGAGACUACGAGCACAGCCACGUUUCCGACGGGCACACGUACAGCCGCUCCAGCCACAGGAUGCGCUCGGCCUGCAGCCCCACGGAGGACUGGCCCCCGCCCUUGGACAUCAGCUCUGAUGGGGAUGUGGACGCCACGGUACUCAGGGAGCUGUACCCUGAUUCUCCACCAGGCUACGAGGAGUGUGUGGGGCCAGGAGCCACUCAGCUGUAUGUCCCCACGGAUGCACCACCACCCUACUCACUCACCGACUCCUGCCCCACCCUGAGUGGCGCCCUUGGCUCAAGCCCCAGUGGACACCAGCAGGAGCAGAGGACCGGCGCCCAGAGUGGCUUCCGCACCGUCUCCAUGGACACGCUGCCCACUUACGAGGCCGUGUGUGGCACUGGCUCCCCGUCAGGCCUCCUGCCGCUGCCGGGACCAGAACCAGGGCUAAGGAACUCACAGGGCUCAGCCAGCCUGACCCGGGCUCCAACCGCAAGCCCAGAGAGGAUUGUGUGAGUGACCCAACCCACCAGGUCCUGCUGGUCCCUCCAGGCUGAGCCACAUCCUUCAGGCACAUUUGGGCACACACAGGCACACACAACUCAUGCAUACACAUUUACAUGAUCACACACAGACACUCACAUCCCAUGUGCACACACGGACACAGACAUGGCCCACACUCGUGCGGACAUGUGCACACACGGCCCCACACUCACUCAAAACCUACCUGCGAAGGUUUUAUUGAAAAUGAAGGUCUCGGCCUCCUGCCGCCUCCUCCCCGACCUGGUGGCUGUUCCUCUGUGGACAGUGCUGAGCAGAAGGGCAAAGCAAGAACCAGGCUUUCUCUGCCUUCUCCCCGGGCCUCACCUGGAACAUUGGGUCCAAAUUCUGAUUCUGCCUCCAGAAACUGCUUGACCACCUGGAUCAGUGCCUGCCCUGACCUCUAGCCCAGGGUUUGUUCCCUGGAAGGUGGGCCAGGCCCCAGUGAGGUCGUGCUGUGCUGUGCCGAUCUCUCAAUCGCAGGGCAGAAGAGCCACCACAUCACCACCCUGCCACUUACAGGGUGGGGACAGCCCACCAGGCUCCUUUCUAACCCAGAGCCCUCAGGCUGGUGGUGCUAGUGCAGUUAUCGAAGAAGCCACCCCCAGCUACAGCUCGGGGUCAGGGCCCCAGGUGGGCGUGUGAUGGAGGAGCCUGGUUACAAUGGUUCCCACAUGGGUCCGGCACUGCCCAGAACAGAGCCUUCAGAGAAGACAGGGCCAGUGCCGUUGCCCAGGAGACCUCACCAAAGUGCUGUGUGGGCAUCACUCUAAGGCAGAUAAGGGCCCCUGGCAAAGUGCAUGCCCAGCUAGCCACAGUGGCCUGAGCUCAGAUGGACUAGAGCCACAGCCCAAGAGCUGGCACUGUCAACCCAGGUAGCAGCUACAGCUGGGGACAGUGCACCAACACAUUCUGGCCUGGGCCUUCCAGAGUGUAUGUAGAGAGAAGCUAAAGGGGCUAUGAACACCAUAAACACCAACCAUCAUGCCACUACCAGAGGACCAGUCUCAGCUCUGCUGCCAGGGUCCUUCCCCAGCAGGGGGUGUGUGGUCAGCCUGGCUGGGGAAAGGCUCAGUGCUUGGUCUGUGAACUCUGCAAUCCCCAUCAGAAAACAAGUAGGGAACAGCAGUGAUUCCUGAAGACCCAGUUGCCAGGGGUGACAGCCAAGCAUCUCUGCAGAGUGUCCCCGCCAGUGUGUUGGCAGGGAGCAAGUAACCCUGGCUCCCUCUCAUUCCCCCUUUAUCCUCAAACAGCAAACGCCCCUUACCCCCCACCCCCACCCCCUCCACAUACACAUUUCAUUUCCUCCAGUGAAGGGCUAAGACAAUUCAGUAAUCCCUUUCUUAAGCAGAGGGAUGGUAAGGACGGUGAUCUUGAAUUUUAUUUUCUGUUGAAAUAGCAUUUCUUCUGGUGCAGAGCCGAAAGGAAUCCACCCAGAGGGUCUGUAGUGUCCUGUGUGUCGCAUCAUGGAGUCCCAGACUCCAGCUCGGGGAGGGACAUUGUUUACAAGCAGUUCUGUCCACCUCUGUGGUGUACUGUUUUCUAGGCAAAAACAUCUGUCUGUCGUACUGUAUAGCCUUUAACAUGCACCCCAGGGAUGAGACUCUUUCAGGAAACGCAUCCUGUAUCUGUGACUCUGGAGUGCUGGGGGGAGAUUAAAAUCCCUGCCUGCUCAUCAGCGUUUGAGAGGCGGAGCUGAGCAGCUUUUCUUAUUCCUGGAUUAGGCGCUGACUAAGCAACAAUGUAUCUUUUCUGUGUUGGAAAUAAAUAUAUCAAUAAAAAUGUAGCAAGAAGUAA